GAGAAAUAAAGCACACAUCAGUGGAUUGGAGAGGAAAUAAUCAGCAGAGAACUUUGGGGAUGAUAUGUGGCGAAAUCUGAUUGUAAAUCAUUAUUCGUCCUAGUCGCCGGUUUGCUCUUGCCAGUAUCUGUCAAGAUGAGAGACCGACGAAGGCACGUUUGGGCAACCAUCCACAUCUACAAUGUUUUGAUGCUCGCAACAGUAACAGCAAAUCCUUUGUACAUUCCACAAUUCCUGUCUGGAGGUAGUGGAAGAAAUAUCAGACACUUGCCCUGCGUAUCCACGAGAACAGGAGAGACGGGAGUGUGUAUGUUCGCAUUCACCUGUGCGAAGGCAAAUGGAACUCACUUGGGCACAUGUAUCGACCGCUUCUACUUUGGAAGUUGCUGUAAGAUCGAGCAAGAGCCUGACGCAGUUUUUCCCCAAGACAACACGAUUGAAGAUGGUCCCGUGUCUCUUUCUAAACCUCUACUAACGACAACGACCACUUCUAUCGAAAGUAAUGAGAUUCCUCCAUACUUUACGAAACCGAAGCCAAUUUUAGAGAAGAGGCCACCACUCUCCGGGUACAGUACUCAAAAAAUGGAGAGUACGACUUCAAAAACUGCGGAGACGAUCGUCACGAAACCGUACAGAACAACAUCCAAGAAACCUUUAGCACAGACAACAACGGAGUCAAUUGGGUUCUUCACCUUCCAAUCAGUGCAAGAUGCUUCUACCGAAGUUGCUCAAAAUCGACCAACUGUUGGUGCCAAUCAAGAAUCUACUUUCGACAGUAGUAGAUACCCUUCGAGUACUGGCAAACCUUUCAGUUCUGGUAAACCUUCCAGUACAGGCAAACCAUUCACUACUGGUAAACCCACCAGUAGCGAUAAACCUUCCAGUAGUGGUAAACCAUCCUUUAGUAGUAAACCCUCUAGCAGUAAACCCUCUAGCAGUGGUAAACCUUCCACUAGUGGCAAACCGUCCAGCACUAGUAAACCUUUCAGCACUGGUAAGCCAACCAGUAGUGGCAAACCAUCCAAUACUGGAAAGCCUUUCAAUACCACGAAUCCAAGCACCGGCAAACCGUUCCUCACUAGAAAACCAAUAAACGAAAAGCCAUUUGGUUCUAGUAAACCAUCUGCUUCUCCUUCAACAAUUAGUACAAUUACCCCUUCGAGACGUCCCCCUACAGUCCCAUCAUCCGGUUCUUCUAGUUCUAGUUUCCCCUCUAGUUCUAGUGCAUUUUCUAGUCUUCCUCCUAGUUCCUCUUCUGGUUUUCCUGCUAGUCCCUCCUCUAAUUCCCCCGAUGGUUCUUCUUCCGGUUUUCCUGCUAGUUCCCAAUCCUGGCCCUCUUCGAGUUCGGCCCAUUCUUCAAUUUCUACUUCUGACGAUAACUAUCCAACAACACUCGGUUUCCCAACAACGUUCGGUUCUUCACCGUUCCAUCCAGUCGGUUCUCUAUCCACAAACAAUUGGCCAUUAACCAUGGGUUCAACCUCAAGUCUACCAUCCAUGCUACCAUCGUCAUUACUGACUUCAUCAACUCCGAUCUCAACCACUUCUCAAAAGCCCCCUAUAACUCAUCCCCCGUUAAUUAAGAAUUCUACCAGUUACCCAACCCCAACUAGUGAUUCAGCAGCAGCAACAACUGCAAAGCUAGAACCAACAACUAUAAAACCCCUAACAUAUCCAUCAACGUACCCAACAUAUCCAACAACAUUCCCAACAAAAACCCCAUCUACCAGAUUCCCCCCUAGAAAUGCAACGACCAUCAAACCUGUAACGACAACAACUCGAAAAACUGUUCCAACCUCGACAACAAUCAAGAAACCUACUUUGAGUUCAGUGACGAAAAAGCCCACGAUUGCCAAUACUACUGUUAAAAAACCAACGGUACCUGCCAAGAGGCCUACAAUCACGAGACCCUCAACGCAAAGCGAAACUGUAAAACCAGUUUCAGUGACAAAACCAUCAAAACCAACAAAACCCACAAGACCAUUUGCUACCAGUACCAAAGUUCCGGUUACCGAACCAACUGCAACCGAAACAAUACCAUUCGGUGGUUAUAAACCCUCGACGAAAAAACCCAUUAUUGACAAAACACCGUCCAAAACAACAACACCAAGACCAACAACCACAACCACUAAAACAAAACCUGCAAGCAAACCUACAAAGACCAGUUCGACAAAACCUGGUUUAGUAAAGCCUAGUUCAACAACCGGAACUACAGUGACUACGAGCACCACGACUAUCAGAAGUUCAUCAAAGCCAACAACCACUACCACCACUGAUAAAAUUAAGCUGCCAAUCUCCAGUAUUACUCAAAGUGGAAUUAAAUCCACUACACCAUCGAUUAUUUCCACAAUUCAAGUUUCGCCAUCAAAAAUACCUGUUCCUGUAACAUCAACCGAAUCAAAUAUUUACAUUCCCUUCAAUGCCUCUACCUCGAGUAUUCCCAUUUCGACACCAAAGAAACCAGAUGAUGAAACACCGUUAACGACUUAUCCACCUGGUUUGGUUACGUGGACAUCGAAUUUAGAUGAAACCACUACAAUUAAAAUUCAGGAAGUUUCUUCCACUACCGAAGAACCAACACAAACAGAUUGGGCUCCAAUAACAAAACCUGACGGAUGGAUAAUUAUCAAUUCCCCCUCUACAGAAAAAAUAGAAGCCAGUACAACUUCCCCUAAACCAAUUGCAACAACAACUGAGACUCCAUUCACCACUUCUAAACCCAUAACGGAAAUUCCAACUGCUGACACUUUUAUCACGACUAGACCAGUGAUACCUACAACAUUAUCUUCAAUUGCUACUGUCACUGUAUCUACCGAGACAUCUCAAUCUACCAUACCACCAAUCAACAUGUCUGAUUACAAGCAAGUGUGUGGUAGGCGGCUAAUUCCAGAGGGAAGAAUUGUGGGUGGCAAUAGCAGUACCUUCGGCAAGUGGCCCUGGCAGAUCUCGCUUCGUCAAUGGAGAACUUCGACGUACCUUCACAAAUGUGGUGCAGCUUUACUCAACGAAAAUUGGGCCAUCACUGCAGCACAUUGUAUAGAUAGUGUACCUCCAAGUGAUCUACUAUUGCGAAUAGGAGAAUACGAUUUGGCGAGUGAAGGUGAACCCUAUGGAUAUCAAGAGAGAAGAGUGCAAUUGGUAGCAAGUCAUCCUCAAUUUGAUUCGCGAACGUUUGAAUAUGAUUUGGCACUUUUACGCUUCUAUGAGCCAAUUAAACAAUUCCAACCAAAUAUUUUACCAAUUUGUAUACCAGACGACGAUGAGAGUUACGAGGGACACAUUGCCUACGUUACCGGAUGGGGAAGACUAUAUGAAGAUGGUCCUCUACCGUCGGUACUACAGGAGGUCUCAGUACCUGUUAUAAAUAACACUCAGUGUGAAGCAAUGUACGGUGCGGCAGGUUAUAUCGAAAGGAUUCCUCACAUUUUCAUUUGUGCCGGCUGGAGGAAAGGAGGUUUCGACUCCUGUGAGGGCGACAGUGGAGGACCAAUGUCAAUUCAACGAACUCGUGACAAUCGAUGGGUCUUAGCAGGUGUGAUUAGUUGGGGAAUUGGUUGCGCCGAACCAAGUCAACCAGGAGUUUAUACGAGAAUUUCACAAUUUAGAGAUUGGAUCAAUCAAAUCCUCCAGUUUUAAAAACAAAUCCUCAAACAAAUACAAGACCGAUUUUUAAAUCUCCUUUUUUUCAAAGAAAAAAAAACUCAAUGAAAUAAAUUUUAAAGAGAAAAACUUUAAAUCCCUUUUAAUCAAUUUGUUUUCUCUCUUGAGCGAGCUCUUGAGUUUAUUUCUCUUCGAAUUGCUUUUGAAAAACAAUAUUGUAGAAUAUUUGUUUUCUUAUUUUCUUGAGAAAAAACAAUUUCACCUUUGGGAAGAAUUUUUAAUAGUCUAAAGGAAAAAUCUUUUCUGAUAAAGAUUUAAUUUCUAUUAAAAGACAAAAGAGAGAUUUCCACUCGAUUAGACCGACCAAAAUAGAAAAACAAUGUGUGUGCAGUUAAUUUACAUAAUUAACUUCAAUGUUUCGCAUGAAAUUUUCAAAAUUACAACACGGGUUGGUUUAAUUUCGAAAACAAGGAUUAAAGUAAUGACAUUAGCAAACUCUCAAAAUAACACCGAACAAUGUUUAUGUGAACAUAGUAUUACAGUGAAUAAUAACUUUCAAUUAAACUUUGCUCGAGAGUUAUUAAUUAUUAUUAAUAAUUAUCUAGCGAAAUAUUAUAGAAAUCACAAUAUUCAAAUGAUGAACUUUUGAAUCUCAUUAUAUUUCCAGAUUACAAUGCGAUGAAUCGUACAACUCAUAUUUAAAAAUUUUUAAAUCUCUUUUUAUGGUAAAAAAAAUUUUUUCAUAAAAAUAAAUUUUUUUUCAAUAAAAAGAAAUUUCUUUUUAAUUAAAAAAAUAUUAUUUUGCCCCAGAAAUAAAAAAAAUCCACUGCUCAGAAAUAUCCUAUAAAAAAUACAAUUUGAUAUCAUUAGAAAAAUUGUAAUUGAAAAAUAAAAAUAUCGGAAAACUUUAGAUUAUCUUAUUUAGAUCUAGAAACAGAAAAAAAGUUCAAAUGAUAAAAACAGGAAAUAGAAAAAUACACAAAAUUUACGAUAUUCAUUUCAUAGAUGUAAUCAGUUGAAUAAUGAAAACUAGCAUUGAAAAAAAUUUGAAAAAAAAUUUUUUGAAAAAGAUCUGAAAAAGAUCUGAAAAAGACAAUUUUACAAAUCUUCAAAACGAAAAGAAAACGACUUUUAUCAUUUCACUUCGUUUGAAAUUUUUUUCACUCUUGAGAAAUGAAGUUUUCUUUUGCGAUGACCUAAAGAUAACUAAAAAGAGGGUAGCAGAUCUUAUUCGUUCCACUUUUGCGCACUUGUUGUUUAAAUUACGAAAGUUAAAUCAUUAUUUAAACUUCCUCCUUCGAGAAGAAGCAAUUUUAUACUCUUGCAUAAUGAAAACUCCAUAAAAAAAGCCAAGAAGAAUAAUAACUAAAUUUUCAAAGUAAGAAAAUAGCAAAAAAAUAAAUUGAAUAAAUUGAAUUUAUAUAAAAAGAAAAAUUUUUGUUCUAGAAUUUUUCAAAUGAAAAAAAAAAUGUAAGACUUUCGAAAAAAAAAUGUUCAUAAUUAAAAAAAAAAAACAAAAGUGAUUCUCGAAGAUCUCAUAUCCAAAUAGAAAGUUUAAAACGGUGUUAAUACCACAAUUGGAUACAAUUAAAUUUGUCCUAUUUUGUGAUUAAACCUAUAGACUAAUCUUGAACUAUAAUUAAAUAAUUUCCAACCAAAUAAUGCUCUGAAUCUAAUUAAAAUUCAAAAAAAAGUAAUUUUAAUUAGAAAAAUAUUUCUGUCCUAGUUCAAAAAAAAAUAAAAUAAAAA